UGUAAAAUGAACAAUGACCCUGUAAUCCUUGCCUUCUGGGAAUGUUAUAAAGUCAUGGGCGGAGUUAGAAAGUUGUCUGGUGCUUGAUCUAAAAGUUUCCUUAUUGUCUAAAUGUUGAACAUGCGUGGGCAACGGAGAGAAACAAAAUAGUGCAGUUUGAGACCAUGUGGCUGAGAAUGAUGCUGAGACUGGAGAUGUGAGCAGGUGGGUCUGGGCAGGGGUGAUGUUGUGGAUGUAUGUUUGUAUGCAUCUGUUGUUUUGUAUGUAUGUUUUUUUUUAUAUUGUACAAAAUAUAAUCUUAUCAAAUAAAAUGGAGCCCAACCGAUUUAUUAUCUGCUGAUAUUAUCCUUUUAGGAUAUACUUAAUCAGUGUUUAGGUUAAUCCACUGAAAAGGACCGAUAUAAAAUGUGGUGAAAACGCACAAAAAGCUGUUCUUUAUAGAAUUAGACUUUUAUUUUUAUUUUUUAUUGUUCAAUUUCAUUAUUAUGUCUUGGGGGAGCUGGCACUCUUUACAUGGCUAUACGCCUAUCUUGCCGUGGCGCGCUACAGCAAGACUGGACGGACACCCAAUGUAACUACACCAGUCGGAGAGGAGAGUGACCUACUGUGAACUAUGCUUUGUGGUGUAACUGCACCACGGCCCAGUGUCAGAAGACUGGCUCCCAGUGUGAGACGGAUGGGGCCUGCAUGGCCUCCACGUCCUUCAUCGACGGCCAAGAGCAGCACAUUCGUAUCUGCAUCACCCAGGACAAGCUGGUACCCCCGGGCCAGCCCUUCUACUGCCUGAGUGCUGAGGGCCUCCUCAACACACACUGCUGCUACACUAACUACUGCAACAGCCUCAACCUCAAAGUUCCCUCUGUGACUUUGCGGCCGGGCCUGGGGGGCGGCUUUGGCCCUGAUGGUGCAUGGGGUCCAGUGGAGCUGGUGGCAGUGGUCGCAGGGCCCGUCUGCCUGCUGUGUGUGCUGCUAAUCAUGGCUGUGUUCCUGUUCCAGUACCACCAGAGGGCCUACAGCCACAGGCAGAGGCUGGAGGUGGAGGACCCCUCCUGUGACCACCUCUACAUGGCCAAGGACAAGACCCUGCAGGACCUCAUCUAUGACAUGUCCACCUCUGGAUCAGGAUCUGGCCUCCCUCUGUUUGUCCAGCGGACGGUAGCCAGGACCAUCGUGCUGCAGGAGAUAAUAGGGAAGGGGCGUUUCGGAGAGGUAUGGCGGGGCCGCUGGAGAGGAGGAGACGUGGCGGUGAAGAUCUUCUCAUCCAGAGAGGAGCGCUCCUGGUUCCGGGAGGCUGAGAUCUACCAGACCGUCAUGCUGCGCCACGAGAACAUCCUGGGAUUCAUCGCCGCGGACAACAAAGGUAAACAUUGGCCGUCAUCGUGUGACAUCACAUAUAAAAUUAUUCCCCUUCGAAGAGCACUUCUUGUAGCUAUCUGGUGUUCAGGUCAGUUUUUCGUAUUGGGUGGUGUCGGGUCUAACAAUUGGUCUCUAAACUUAGUCUCUCUGUCUCUCAUAGAUAAUGGCACAUGGACCCAGCUGUGGCUGGUGUCAGACUACCACGAGUACGGCUCUCUGUUUGACUACCUGAACCGCUACUCUGUGACCAUCGAGGGCAUGAUCAAACUGGCACUGUCGGCUGCCAGCGGCCUGGCACACCUGCACAUGGAGAUCCUGGGCACGCAGGGUAAGCCUGGUAUUGCCCACCGGGACCUCAAGUCUAAGAACAUCCUGGUGAAGAAGAACAGUACAUGUGCCAUCGCUGACCUUGGGCUGGCAGUGCGCCACGAGUCCACCACCGACACCAUAGACAUCGCUCCCAACCAGAGAGUGGGCACCAAGAGGUACAUGGCCCCUGAGGUUCUGGAUGAGAGCAUCAACAUGAGGCAUUUUGAUUCGUUUAAGUGUGCAGACAUCUACGCUCUGGGCCUGGUGUACUGGGAGAUCACACGCCGCUGCAGCGCUGGAGGUAUCCAUGAGGAGUAUCAGCUGCCCUACUUUGAUCUGGUGCCCUCUGACCCCUCCAUAGAGGAGAUGAGAAAGGUGGUUUGUGACCAGAAACUACGGCCCAACGUGCCCAACUGGUGGCAGAGCUACGAGGCCCUGCGUGUAAUGGGGAAGAUCAUGAGGGAGUGUUGGUACGCCAACGGAGCCGCCCGCCUCACCGCCCUGCGCAUCAAGAAGACCCUGUCCCAGCUGAGUGUCCAGGAGGACAUCAAAGUCUGAGAGGGUUCUGUCCCAAAGACCUGAGGAGAGCGCUAGGGACUCUAUCCCUCACUAAAGUAUACUGAAAGAGAAAGAACAGUGUCUUUUCCAAUGAACGCACAAGUUAACAAAAUAAAAGAAUGAAAUGACAAAAGCAAAAUGUAAAAAGAACAUGAUAUAAAAACUUUCCUGCCAGUCUUUUUAAAGCCACCACUGUUUGAGUUGUGACCAGCCCUACCUCGCCUAUUCAGCCAAAACUACUGACAACCCCUGUCCUUCCCUGUCCCCAACCUACCCCACCCUUCUGUCCCUGCAGCCCCCCUUCCCCGUUCUGUUCCUACUAAAAUGGCUGCCAACAAUUACUGCUACUACUACUACUACUACUACUACUACUACUACUACUACUACUACUACUACUGCCCCUGACAAUGCCCAUGUUAAUCUCAAUGGCAGGAUAUAUACUGUAUACAACUGUGUAUUUAUUAACAGAAUGUGUAAUUUAAUUCUAAACCCUUUUUUUUCUUAGUAACUUUCCCCAAGACUUAUCAAAGGACACUAAUGGUUUUACCCUAUACAUUAAUUUAUUUUUGUUCUGUUUAUCUUUAUACUGUAUUCAUGCCAUGUUGACUCGAUGUUGGGAGAGGUCUGACUGCUUUCUGUGUUUUCUUUGUCAGGGAGUAUAUAAGGGGAAGGUACAGUCUUUCUAUGAAUUCUGUGUAGGGGUCAUUCCACCAAUUCAGUGCCUUUUGAGAUAUCUAACUUGGUGGGGAAAAAACAUUUGAUUUCACCUCAUUUUUACGUUCUGUCAUAAAGAGCACAUGUUCAACUUAAUAAAAAAACAUGUUUUCCCAUCUCAAGGUUAAAUCAAAUUUAAAAAGACUAUAGUAUGUGCCUAAUUAAGUAAAGUAUAUAGGUUGACUAACAGUGUUGAUGAUUUCUUCUUUAAUCAGCCAUGAAUCCUCUUGUGACAGGAAAUGGAAGCUUAUUGUGUGCAACAGGGAGGGGAAAUUGAGUGUAAGCUUCACAACAACAAAAAUAUUUUAAAAGAUUCUAGCCUGUCUAUCUAUGAGUAACAUGGUUGAUGUGUUAUACUUGACCCACUCAGUUUUCCACCACAAAACACCAGAAAAUGGCCAGAAAGAGUAGAACCUGCUCACUUACUUUUACACUAUGAUUUGACUAUUAGAUGUUCAGAGUUCCACCAUAUUAAAACGAGAGUUCAGUUCACGUAACAGGGUUUUUUUUUUUUUUUUUUUUUUCUUAAAAUGAAUAAUCACAUUUUUUAAAAUACAUAAUCUUCAGAAAUGACUAUCAGAGCAAAAAAAUAAAUAGGGCUUUGCAAUUAUGGUGAAAACUUGGAGCAAUGUUGAUGUUAAAAACCUCUACAGGAUCUGUGUCCCUAUACCGGGACGGUUGAGAUAAUGUGCGCUAAUGUGAUUAGCAUGACAUUGUAAGUAACAGUAAACUUUCCAGGACAUAGACAUGUUUUAUAUAGGCAGAAAGUUUAAAUUCUUGUUAAUCUAACUGCACUGUCCAAUUUACAGUAGCUAUUAGAGUAAAAAAAAUACUAUGCUAUUGUUUGAGGAGAGUGCACAACAAACUUUUAUCACAGCAACGGUUUUGAUACAUUCACCUCUGAAGGUAAAUAAUGUACUUACAUUCAGUAAUCUUGCUCUGAUUUGUCACCCUGAGGGUCCCAGAGAUAAAAUGUAGGAACUGGGUUGUACAGUUUGAACCCUUACUGUCUCUGCUCCACACCCACCCUGCCCGGCCAUCUAGAUGUGUGAAAGUUAGUGUAUAACCUAAUGAUCCAUCAUGUAUGACAUUCCUGGGAGUGUGUCAACUUAAAUGUUAUAUUACCAGAUUUUUGUAUGUUAUCUACUUGAAAAUAUAUAAAUUGACCAGUUCGGCACAUUUGGGCAAACUUGAUACAAAAUAUUGUCCAGUAUUGUUAUGCUUCAAUGGAUCAAUCUCAAACUUUGCACACACACUGCUAAAUUGCACCUAAACUGCAAUACUAUAUUAUGGCCUUUCUCUUGCAUUUCAAAGAUGGUGUGAGAAAAAAUUGAAAUUGCACGUUUUUCUGUUCGUAUUAUCUUUUACCAUAUCUAAUGUGUUAUUCUCCUACACUAAUUUCACAUUUCCACAAACUUCAAAGUGUUUCCUUUCAAAUGGUAUCAAGUAUUAGCACAUCAUUGCUUCAGGUCCUGAGCUAUAGGCAGUUAGAUUUGGGUAUGUCAUUUUAGGUGAAAAUUGGAAGGAAAAAAGUGUACGAUCCUUAAGAGGUUUUAAGUGGGUAAAAAUCUUCCUGGAAGUCAGAGGGUGCAUGGAGGGACAAUUCAAAAUGCUGGCACUUUAACAGAAAAUCUGAUUGAUUGAUUGAAUUCUCCCUGUGGUCUAUAUUAAAGGGUACUUCAUUGAAUAUAACAGUCUUUUAAAAUUCAAUAUUGGUGCACAAUUUCUAUUUAAAAUAUCAAAGGGAAGCAAAAGGCACUCAUUUGUGGAAAUGAUCAAGUUGUAGACGGAUCUCUCUGUUGUACAUAUAAACUAAGAAAUUGUUUUUUAAAUCAAUGAGGACCAAGUCUUCCUCAUUUAUCGGGUCAUGUUAUCUAUCAUUUAUGGUAGCAGUGGACUGUGAGUCACUGAGAGAUCAGCUUACAUAGUUUCUUUAAAUCUAAGUUUCCCAUUACUACAUCCAUUGUUGUAAUGGAACUCCUAUUGCCCACUUAGAGGCAGGAAUGGUCCAUACAAACACCUGGCUCUGGUAUUUCAUGACGAUGGACUUUAGUGUAGCCAUUUUGUAAACACUCACAUCAAUUGCUGUUAUGAUGAUUUAUUUACAUUUUUUCUCACAAUACCUCCAUGUAUGUUUCCCCUCAUGUUAUAUUCUCCCUGACUGAGUAUUAUCACUGUACAUACAAUAACUUUUUUAGGUGUGACUGUAUAUGACCCUUUUUUUAUUUGAGUUUCCAUUGAUAUUUUAAUAAUGUUUUGGAAUGUUUACCAACAGUUACACUGGUUACUGGUCUUGGAUGGGAGACAAUUGGAGAGGCUUAUAUGUGCUGUCAAUCAACCACUGAUAAACCAAUGGAAUAUCUACAAAGCAACACUACUGUAUCCUGAGUCAUUGAAAGCACAUACUGAGUCCCUCCUAUUUGAUGUCUCCCAUUACUAUAGAACAGUAUUUGAUUUUUUGUCUAUUCCACUCCAUAUUCAUAAAUUAUACCCCACCUACAUUACCUCUUUGAUAUGCAAAUUGUAAAUAGUUUAUGAUAGUGUAUGAUAGUGUAUGAUGUAGUGUAGUGUAUGAUGGAUGAUGAUUUGUCUGUCAAAUCUUGUUUUCACCAUGUAUUCUGUUUUCAGGAAAAUAAUAUGUACUGUUAAAUUUGUCGCUUUAUUUUAUUUUUCGUUGAGCACAAACUCAAAAGGUACUGCUGACGUGAAGUCUCCUUCCUUGUGUUCCUAAUCCUGCCAGUUUAUUGCUAGUUCCUAGAAAAGGCUCUGCAGGGCCAAUGUGUGCACUACUCACUCCACAGCACCUCAACCAAACUGUUCUCAACACCCAUCACUGUUUUACUGCAGAUCACACCAGUGACAACAGAGGGUGUUUAUAAUAUAUUAAUUAAGCAUUUUAAUCAGUUAUUCAGAUUUGGUGAUUGGUAAAUACCUCUCACAGAUUUCUUCACAUUUUCAUAAAGCUAAGUAACAGUGAAGAGUCCCCAGACCCUCUGUAAAGAGUGCUUAUUCAGUGUGGCUGUAGCACAAAAAGAUUGUCGUUAAACUUUUUUGUGAUAAAAGUAAUACUACUGAUACUUAUCAAUGCUGUUCCACAGGAAAUAUAUAUGGCCUGGAUGCAUUUAUUUGAUUUAAUGUGUUAGUUUAUGACCAUGUCACGCUCGCCUGUACUGUAUAUUAUUUGUUUAUAGUUCUUGGGUGAUGGCCAAGAGGACUUGGCGUGCAUACAUGUGCAUAUUUUUCCUGAAAAUGUGGUUGCUUAUGUUUUUGGCUGUGAGUGGUAGACGGGGCCUGGGUGUUGUCUGUGUACUGUUAGGUGAGUUCAGAUUUUCUGUCCUUGGUUGGGAAGUGAUCCUAUGUAAACAUCAUAGGCCUUGUGUCUCUACAUCACAUACUGUUAAGGGGAAUUAUGACAAGAUGAACUGUUGUAUGCUGUUGUAUUGCACUAUGGAGUGUUUAAGCAAUAAGGCACGAGGAGGUGUGGUAUAUGGCCAAUAUACCACGGCUAAGUGCUGUUCUUAAGCACGACGCAACGCAGAGUUCCUGGAUACAGCCCUUAGCCCUGAUAUAUUGGCUAUAUACCACAAACCUCCGAGGUGCCUUAUUGCAAUUAUAAACUGGUUACCAACAUAGAGCAGUAAAAAUAAAUAUUUUGUCAUACGGUCUGAUAUACCACGGCUGUCGGCCAAUCUGCAUUCAGUGCUCGAACCACCCAGUUAAUGAAGUGACGAAUGAUGAGAACGCCCAGGUCUCUGUCCAGACAUCUGGACAAAGAAAUCAAAAUAAGCUUUUAAAACCAAGUGAAAACCUUUUCAGGACUAGUAUCCAAUCAUGUAUAUCGGUAAUAUUAUAUAGCCUAUAGUAAUAAAUACAACUGUUUU